CCACAUAGAAGGGUUUCACUGUAAACAUGGAAGAAGUCUGGAGAAAAUUGGGAUGGGCAUUAGAUAUGGAAAUACUAGAUUGCAGGGAGCGAAUCACAAAGUCAUGGCACUGGUUGCGGCAACUUGUCCCAAACUGUGAUCCAUAUGCAGACAUUAGGCCACUGUAUUUGAGAUGUGUGUUGCAUAUUUUCACCACUGCUGGAAUUACCAUGGUCCCCUCUUACAACAGAUCAACAAGAUACAUCAACAGUCAUGGUGUUUGCUUUGAAACGGGAUUUCUCGUCACUGAAUAAAGUCACCAUUUCCCUUGAGGACAUGGAGAAGAAAGUUAUGGAAGUUCUUACAAAUGAAAAAAAAGCAUUUGAAAGUUGUGACGAUCGCUCGCGCAUGUUAUCAAAUACCAUCAUACGACUGUAACUAUUCGUGGUAUGUAUCGCCUCUGUCAUAGGAUAAUUAUGACUGUGUGUAUCGGUUGUUGAUCUAUUGCAUUAAAGGCAGCUCUUUGGUUUCUGCUAGAUAUAAUGUAGUUGUCUGUUGCCGUUCAGCGCUCGUUACAGAAGUAGGGAAGAGCAUUUAAAUUUCCAGAGUAAAUGUCCGCUGUUCUCACUUGCUUUUGAAAAGUCUUAACAUUUACAGGAAUCCAUUUUUAUUUACGUGGUGUAACAAAACCAAACACACAACUAAGUGGCAGCUUGAAGUAUUGUAACGAAAUGUUUUGUGAACAAAAUAGUGGGGAAAUCAAAAGAGCAGGCCGAGAAAUAACUACAAAUUAAUAAGGUUCAACAGUGUGGUGUUAAAAUUGCUUUUAUUACAGUUCAAGUAAUUUUUUAAUUCCUAGUUACUUAUCCCGCAAGAACUUUUAGGAAAUAAAAUUUAUGUUUUAUAUUU